AUGGGGCUGGAUCCAGUGUUGGUGAAGGUCCCUCGUUCGGCAGGUGUUCUGUGGCACAGCAGCACAGACCCGGUCGUCAUCCUGCAACUGCUCGAGAAACAAUUAGUCAUGAAAUGCUACAUCAUAAGUGAAUCUGAUAAAAGAGGGUAUAGGAAGAGAAUGUUGAAGAUCUGGAAUGAAAAUGGAGGAGAUCCCAUUAGUGAACAGAGGUUAGCUGAUCAGGUCAGGCAAAUUCAAAAGAAAUCCUGGCUAGGUGAUGCCGAAAAUGAGGAAACAAAAAAAGAUUGUGGCGUGUUGAGAUCAGAAAAGGUAGAAGAAACUCCGGAGGUUCUAGAUCAUGGGAAUGAAAACACCGAGGAAGUGAAUCGAAACCAACUUGCAGAAACAACAGAUCAGAACAGCAGUGAAGUAGAUCAGAGUAACACCGUGAAUGAUGAAGAGGAGUUCAGUGAAGAGAACCAAAGAAUGUUGAAGAACAUAUUAGAGAAGCUGAAGUCAGAAACAAUAAAUCCUCCAAUGAAUCUGAGAAAUCUAGACAGAAAUAAAAUUAGAUGCAAAGCAAAAGAGAUAAAUAACGUUCUUCAGCAUAUACCAUCAGCUAAUAUUACAGAAACAAAUAGAAUACUGCUAGCUGCAGCGAACGAAGUUGCGGAAGCACUAGGUGUACAUCCAAAACCACGUCCGAAAGCAAAAGAGCCAUGGUGGAAAAGGCGUAGUGAAGACCAAAUUCAACAACUCAGAAAAGAUAUUAGUCACCUCGAAGAUCUUUCCAAAGAGAAAUUAAGGAAAAAGAAAGAAUCAAUCUCUGAAAGACUUGAAAGGAAAUGCCUUGUGAAGAAAAAAGGGACUAAAGUCGCAAUAGAAGAGUUGAAGCAGCGAGUCCAGGCAAAAGCAGCUAAGGUCAAGAGAUAUGAAAAUCGAAUCAAUCAGUAUCGACAGAACAGAAUGUUCCAGUCAAAUCAGAAAGGACUAUUUGAAGAAUUAGAAGGGAACAUCAGUAAUGAAACGGUAGUACCCGAUGCAGAGGAGAGCAGGAAAUUUUGGAAUAACAUCUGGGGGAAAAGUACGAAGCGUAACACCGAAGCUGAAUGGUUACAAGACCUCAAAGAUGAAUACACCAACAAGCCGAAACAAGCAGAUAUAGUCAUUAACAAGAAGAUGCUAGACAACCAAAUGAGAAAGAUGCCGAACUGGAAAGCUCCUGGGCCGCACGGGCUGCAAGGUUUUUGGUUGAAGAACUUCACAUCCCUACGAGAGAGAAUCUGCCAACAAUUGAAUGAAUGCUUAGGUGAAAGAGAAGUGCCGAAAUGGAUGACAAAAGGAAGAACUGUCCUCAUUAUGAAGGAUAAAGAAAAGGGCAGAGAUGUCAAGAACUUCAGACCAGUCACCUGCUUGCCUCUGAUGUGGAAGUUGCUAACUGAUGUGUUAUCAGAGGAGAUGUACAAGCACCUAGAAGAGAAUGAAUUAUUACCAGAUGAACAGAAAGAAUGCCGGAAGAGAUCAAGAGGAACAAAAGACCAACUGUUAAUUGAUAAGAUGAUAAUCAGAAACUGCAAAAGAAGAGGAACAAGUUUAGGAAUGGCUUGGAUAGACUACAAGAAAGCCUUUGAUAUGAUACCACACUCGUGGCUAGUGGAAUGUAUGGAGUUGUUCGGGGUAGCAAGUAACAUGAAACAUCUAAUCUCAAGAAUUCAAACUGUUAAUGAGUUCACAUACGAUAUCAAAAUGGAAUUCGGCAUAAGUAAAUGUGCAGUAUUAAUAAUGAAGAAAGGAAAGAUCACGCAGAGCGAGGGAGUACGUCUUCCCAAUCAAGAAGAAAUUAAGUCAUUAGCAAAGGAACUCCAUGGGAAAGUCAUCAGAGAUAUUGAAGAUGUAAAAAGAUCUAAAAGAGGAAGGGGAUUGAUAGGAGUUGAAGACUGUAUUGCCAUCGAAGUCCAAAGUUUGAGUAAAUAUCUAGAGAAGUCAACAGAAACAAUGUUGAAAUCUGUAGUGAAAGAACAAUUCCUGAAAGAACAAAGACCGAAUGCUGAUAACAUCAUGGAAGAGAAAUAUGAAAGAUAUAAAGCAAAGGAACUCCUGGUGAUUGGAGCCCUCGGAACCAUCCAUCGUGACAUGCCAGAAUGGUUGAAGAAGUUAGAGAUGCAUGAACUAAUUGGAAAGUUUCAACAAUCUUGUAUCCUAGGAACAGCAAGGAUACUGAGGAAAGUCCUUGGCACCUAA